GACUCAAUGUACCACAAUGCAAUAGCAAAAUGUCAUCUCCUUGGCUACGGCUUUAGUGGAGCUAAAGAAGACGAAGAAGGAGGCUCGCCCCGGUUGAAAGGAGUCAUUGUGGUGCGGGAUGAGCGGGUGUGUGUGAGUUAGCACGCCCCCCUCCUCCUUGACUAUCUUCUGAGCAGAGAGGAGGGAUUAGUUAAUGAGCACACACACAUACACACAUCACCUCCUCGUCGGGACUACUCCGCGACGUGGAAACUAAGAGUAAAGCUUGAAUCAUGCCCCUCGUCAUCCUCGCCGACCGGAAGCGUGAUCGAAAUUGGGCGAAAUUCGGAUAACAACGAGUAAAGUUUCCAGGUCUGUUUUCCAACUACCACCACCAGCACCUCCGCCUGCCGCCACCCGCCCUCCUCCGCAGCACUCCCGGGGAAAAUGCGCCCUUACCACGGGCUCCUCCGCUGCCCCCACUCCACACUCCUCGCAUGUGCUCGAUAUGUUGAAGUGAGCACGGGGAAGGAAUAGAGCCGUUUUUUUAAUAUAAACGCUUUUGGAUACUUUUUAUUUGUAGGUUGAACUAAACAACUGGUUGCUCCAAUUCAACAUGGGGAACGCAGGGAGCAUAGACCAGCACACGGAUCUCAGGGGCCACAAUAUGCCCCUAAAACUACCAAUGCCGGAUCCGGGGGAGCUGGAGGAAAGAUUCGCUAUAGUUUUGAACUCGAUGAAUCUUCCGCCGGACAAAGCUCGCCUUUUGCGGCAGUACGACAACGAGAAGAAGUGGGAGCUCAUCUGCGAUCAGGAACGAUUCCAAGUGAAAAACCCCCCACACACUUACAUCCAAAAACUGAGGAGUUACCUUGACCCGGCAGUCACAAGAAAGAAAUUCCGCCGAAGAGUUCAGGAGUCCACCCAAGUCCUGAGAGAACUGGAAAUUUCAUUGCGGACCAAUCAUAUAGGGUGGGUGAGAGAGUUCCUGAAUGAAGAAAACAAAGGCCUGGACGUGCUGGUGGACUAUCUUUCUUUCGCACAGUACGCCGUCACGUUCGAUGGCGACUCUGUGGAAAACAGUCCAGAGGCGCUGCUGGACAAAUCGAAACCUUGGAGUCGCUCCAUCGAGGACCUGCACGGAGGCGGCACGCUGCCAUCGCCCCUCGGCGGGAACGGCAUCACCCGGGCGGGCCGGCACUCGACGUUACGAUGUAACACUUUGCCCAGCCGCAGGACACUGAAGAACUCCAGGCUGGUCUGCAAGAAAGACGACGUCCACGUCUGCAUCAUGUGCCUGCGUGCCAUCAUGAACUACCAGUACGGCUUCAACAUGGUCAUGUCCCACUUAAAUGCUGUGAAUGAAAUUGCACUAAGUCUCAACAAUAAAAACCCCAGAACCAAAGCUCUGGUCUUGGAGCUCCUGGCGGCGGUUUGCCUCGUGAGGGGAGGCCACGAAAUCAUCCUUGCUGCCUUUGACAACUUCAAGGAGGUUUGUAUGGAAGAGCAGCGCUUUGCCAGGCUAAUGGAGUAUUUCAAGAACGAAGACAACAACAUCGAUUUCAUGGUGGCCUGCAUGCAGUUCAUCAACAUUGUGGUGCACUCGGUGGAGGACAUGAACUUCCGGGUUCAUCUGCAGUACGACUUCACCAAGCUGUCUUUGGACGAAUUCUUAGAUAAAGUCAAGCACACGGAGAGCGACAAGCUGCAGGUUCAGAUCCAGGCCUACUUGGACAACGUGUUUGACGUCGGCGCGCUUCUGGAGGACGCGGAGACCAAAAAUGCUGCCCUGGAGCGUGUGGAGGAGCUGGAAGAGAACAUGUCACAUUUGACAGAGAAGCUGCUGGAUGCGGAGAACGAAGCCAUGGCCAAAAUAGUGGAGCUGGAGAAGCAGCUGAUGCAGACAAACAAGGAUCUGGAAGGCAUGAAGGAAGCCUACAAAGACACCAGCGGGAAGCUCCACUCGCUGCGGCAGAUCUUGAAGGAGAAGGACGAGGCCAUCCAGCGACAGAGUCACCUGGAGAAGAAGAUCCACGAGCUGGAGAAGCAGGGCACCAUCAGGAUACACAAAAAAGGAAACGGCGACAUCUGCAUCCUUCCGCCGUCACCGUCCGGCGUCGUCGUCGAAGGCUUCCCCAGUGCCACGGUGGGCGGAAACGGCGUCGGCGUCCACAGCCCGGCGCACGCGGGAGGUGCGGCGGGGGCUCUGGCGCCGCCGCCGCCGCCAGACAACGGCUCAGUGCCAAACGGACCGACGUCGACCACUCCCGCAGCGGCUCCUCCUCCUCCUCCGCCUCCUCCCCCACCCCCGCCGCCACCUCCGCCUCCUCCCCCGCUUCCACUCGCCAUGUCAGGCCCGUCACCUCCCCCACCGCCGCCGCCGCUGCCCGGCGCUCCUCCACUGCCCGGCUGCGGAACGCCCACUGUUAUCAUGAACUCGGGUUUAGCCGAGGGACCCAUCAAACUUUUCUCCGUGAAGAUCAAGAAACCCAUCAAAACCAAGUUCCGCAUGCCCGUCUUCAACUGGGUGGCCCUGAAACCCAACCAGAUCAACGGGACCGUCUUCAACGAGAUCGAUGACGAGAGGAUACUCGAGGAUCUGAACGUGGAUGAGUUUGAGGAAAUGUUUAAGACGAAAGCCCAAGGCCAGGCGGUGGAGCUGACGCUGAGCAAGCAAGUUAUUCAAAAGGGACCCAACAAGGUGACGCUGUUGGACUCCAACAGAGCAAAGAACUUGGCCAUCACGCUCAGGAAAGUGGGCAAGACGCCUGAGGAGAUCUGCAAAGCCAUUCAGCUCUUCGACCUGCGCACUCUGCCCGUGGACUUCGUGGAGUGCCUGAUGCGCUUCCAGCCCACCGAGAACGAGGUGAAGACCCUGCGGCAGUUCGAGAAGGAGCGCAAGCCGCUGGAGAGCCUGACGGACGAGGACCGCUUCAUGAUGCAGUUCAGCAAGAUCGAGCGGCUCAUGCAGAAGAUGACCAUCAUGGCCUUCGUGGGCAACUUCGCCGAGAGCAUCCAGAUGCUCACGCCGCAACUCCACGCGGUCAUUGCGGCGUCGGUGUCCAUCAAGUCAUCACAGAAGCUGAAGAAAAUUCUAGAGAUUAUUUUAGCCCUGGGAAACUACAUGAACAGCAGCAAAAGAGGAGCAGUUUAUGGGUUCAAGCUUCAAAGUUUGGACCUGCUCCUCGACACCAAGUCGACGGACCGCAAGAUCACGCUGCUGCAUUACAUCGCCAACGUGGUGAAGGAGAAAUACACGCAGGUCUCCUUCUUCUACAACGAGCUGCACUACGUGGAGAAAGCGGCUGCGGUGUCGCUGGACAACGUCCUGCUGGAUGUGAAGGAGCUGCAGAGAGGCAUGGAGCUGACCAAGCGGGAGUACAGCAUGCACGGCCACAACACCAUGCUCAAGGACUUCAUCGUGCACAACGAGAGCAAGCUGAAGAAGCUGCAGGACGACGCCAAGAUCGCGCAGGAUGCCUUUGACGAAGCCGUCAAGUUCUACGGGGAGAGUUCCAAAACCACGCCGCCGUCCGUCUUCUUCCCCGUGUUUGUGCGCUUCGUCAAGGCCUACAGGCAAGCCGAAGAAGACAACGAGCAAAGAAAGAGGCAGCAGCAACUCCUGAUGGAAAAACUUCUGGAGCAAGAGGCCUUGAGGCAGGAAGAACAAAAGUCUCCCUCCCAUAAGAACAAAAGGCAACAGCAGGAGCUGAUCCAGGAACUGCGGAAGAAGCAAGUCAAAGACAGCCGCCAUGUUUACGAAGGCAAAGACGGCGCCAUCGAAGACAUCAUCACGGUGCUGAAGACGGUGCCCUUUACCGCCCGCACCGCCAAGCGUGGCUCUCGGUUCUUCUGCGAGCCCGCCCUCAAUGAGGAGUACCAUUACUAAGCUUGUAGAAAAGUCUCUGGCACAAAAACAACAAGAUCUUCGCAAUCAGCCGUACAGGCGAGCGGACGCCGUGCGCCGCAGUGUCCGCAGGCGCUUCGACGAUCAGAACCUGCGACCGCUCAACAACGGCGAGGUGGUCGUGUGACGGACGGACGGACGGACGAACGGACGGUGGGGAAAGAGGGAAGCGGCACGUGUACAAGAAGACGAGGGAUCGACAAGAAAGCCAGCGUUGGUAAUUUGCAUGCCACGGCGACGGAGAUGAAGAUCGAUGGGGGAGGAUGAGGAAGAGACGCGACGAAGGCCAGCCCGAGGACACGCGCAAAGUUCUAAGCAGGUUGGAUUGUUGAGCAAUGUUGAGUCUGCAAAUGGUGAUGACGCUAUGGGAGUGUGUGUGUUUAUAUAUAUAUGCAUAUAUAUAUAUAUACACACAUACACACACAUUGUACAUAUAUAUAUAUACAUAUAUAUAUAGGUAUGUGUAAAGAAUAUGAAAAAUGUGUGAAGGACCUGGACUGACUGUCCAUCGAAACAAAAAGUGCCUCAAGUUUUAAUAUUUAACGUGUUGGUUUGCGUCGAAGCGAUUUUGUUUGGCUUCAAACAGAAAAGAGGCCACGGUCAGGAAAGAAAAAGAAAGUGUGCGAUGCAAAAAUGGAAAAAAGAGAAAAAGUUGAAUACCGGAAGAUAUUUUGUUCCGAUACUUGAGCGAUUCGGAACAAGAGGAGCCCAGCUGCAUUUUUUUUUUUUUUGGCAAAGAGCAGAAAUGAAGAGAGAAGGAUAAUGAAUAUUGGGCGAAAUCAAGGUGUAGUUCCAGUCUUGCCUUCUAGGGGGCAGGCCAUGUUCAGAAAGCAUCUCACGCUUUCUUUCAGUUGCCUGCCAGUACAUCGGAAUGUGUCGGGCGAUCCAAUAGUUGACGUUGGAAGAAUGUUUGGACUUGGACCUCUAUUGCUUUGAGUGAUAACCCCCCCCCCCCCCAAAAAAAUGAGGGGGUGGGGGCGUCAUCAUCAACGUCAUUUGUUAGCCGUGUCGGGAUGCAAAAAAAAAAGUCCCUGAAAGCUGACUCCAGGGAUUGCCUCAAAAAGUUGGGCAACCAAUUUUUUUAAGGGCAGCAUCAAUUUAGCGCAGGCAUGAGUUUAAUUUUUUAAAAAUCUUUUGCUGCACCACAAUUCAAAAGCAAGCGAUUUAUCAGGUCAUUUUUCCUUGAAAAUUUAAGUUAUUUCUGUGACCACUUGGGUGGUUUUUUUAACGGGGGUUCCAACAAUCGCCACUCCCCCCCCCCCCGAAUCAGUUUUAAGGCGCGUGUGCUUUCCUCGUCCAAUUUCUCACUCAGUUCUCUUGGCAUGAUGCUGCAAAGUCCAAUCGAACGUUUCCUGCCCAGUGCGGGGCCUGAUCGAUGAUGUCAUAACUGGAUGUGAUUUUCAUUUUGUAAACACGUACACAUCAUUCCUACUACUGCAUCUAUCAAAUGUGUAUUCAUAACCACUGAAGUUACAUUCACGUUUUCAUCUCAUGUAUUAAAAAAAUGACAAGAAAACCGUUUUCCUAACUGUACAGUUGUUUUUGCUACAACCGGUUUUGUUUUGUACUGAAGUCACACGACUAAUUAUGAAUAUUGUACAUAAUGUUCAAAGCAUUGCCUUGUGCUUCUACAACUUGAAUGUUCUUUUGUAACUUGUAGUUUGAUUUUUGUGUGAAUAUUUAAAGAAGCCAAAUGCAGCCAGCAUCGACGGAGUAUUUUGAUGUUGAAUAAGGACGGUGACAUGACUCCAUUUCUGAUGGCAACUUUGUGGUGACAAGUAUCCUCUCCUUCCUCCCUCCCUUUGUCACAACAAACUGGAAUCAAGACUGCCAUGUUGGUCAAUGUUGGGUGACUAUUACCAGAAGUGUAUUUUAGGUAUUUUUGCGUGCACUGCAAAUUAACUUUUUUUUUGUUGGUUAUGGAAAUUUGGAGAUGGUACAUUUCCGGUAAAUAUGAUAAAAUAAACAAUUUACAUUGUAA